AUGGCUCAGCACAUGAGGUGGCAUGCGACUGUGGAAAAUCCAGAUGGCAGGAAACUUCGUGUAUACAGAGGGAGUCAGCAUGGGCAGUAUUUGGGUGUAUAUUUGGAAGUAGCUGAUGUUUCGAGUUUUCCUCAAGGUUGGAGUGUAAAUGCAGCCGACAAAUUGACGGUAGUCAAUCAAGUUUUCACUAAAGAUUCUGUCACCAAAGGAGAUAUAAACUACAUGUUCUCUACUUAUGGCAUUGGUUGUGGUUAUUCAUCUUUUAUGGAAUUGACUGAGCUUCAAAAGCCAUAUAAUGGCUAUAUUUGGAAUGAUACAUGUAUUGUUGAAGUUGAAUUUUCCCAAGUAAGCUAUGAAGGCCCCCAAAUUGAGAAAGCAUUGGGCGAAAAGGAUGAAGAUCUCGUUAAGUUCAAGGAUUUGGGACUAAUAGAGAAAGCAUUGGUUCCACUGCUAGAGGAGGCUUGUUUGUGGCAUCCUUCAUUGAUGGACUGCAAGCAGAAGAGAAGUCCUAAGUUUACAGAGUGGGCAUUUACUGCAUUGGGUCGAGUUCUGCAAUUUCUAAAGAACAAGAAGUGGAAAGAUAUGAAUGAGAACGCAUGUGAGGAGCUUCAACAACUGUGGGGGGAGCUUGCGAUGAGUGGAUUAGACUUGAGUUGGUUGGAGCCUCUGGUUAAAUCCUCUAUAAAUAUGAAAGGAUAUGCUGACAAGGUAGAGAAAAUUAAGAAGUUGAAGCUAGAGUUGAUGAUUUCGGAGACGGGGAUGAACAUCAUAAAGAAAAAAAUAAGUGACACUGAACAAAGUGUGGAGAAGAUAAGAAAAGAAUUGGUGAAUGCGAUGGAAGACUUGAAGAGAAAGAUUUAG